AACACCACCCCACUGCGACUUCUCGAUCACAUUUUCGAUACCCUUUGAUAGUCGUCAGUUUACACAGUCGCCACAGCCAUGGACUCAUUAGUGUCGCAGUAUAGCCGACCGGCCUACACGGAGGAGGGCCCGUCCGAGGAGGAGCAGCUGCAGCUCUACAGCGGCGCCCCAGAGCUAUCCCUCAAGUUUGCCCUUCCACCCGUCGCUCAGUCAGCAUCAUGGCUCCGCGCAAUGACGGACGACUACUCCAAUCCCAACUGCCCCAUCAAGAUCGCCCACGGUACCACAACCCUUGCUUUCCGCUUCAAGGGAGGCAUCAUUGUAGCCACCGAUUCGCGUGCCACGGCUGGAAACUGGAUAGCGAGUCAGACAGUCAAGAAAGUUAUUGAGAUCAACAGCUGCUUGCUGGGAACCAUGGCUGGUGGCGCUGCUGACUGCCAAUACUGGCUCGCAUACCUUGGAAUGCAAUGCCGUCUCCAUGAACUGCGGCACAAGCGCCGCAUCUCUGUCGCCGCGGCAUCUAAGAUCUUGGCCAACUUGGUCUACUCAUACAAGGGCAUGGGCCUGAGUAUGGGAACCAUGUGUGCCGGUGUGACCCCGCAGGAAGGCCCUGCCCUCUACUACAUCGACAGUGAUGGCACACGUCUAGCCGGCAACCUCUUCUGUGUCGGUUCCGGUCAGACAUUCGCAUACGGUGUGCUCGACGCACAAUACAAGUACGACCUUGAGGAUGACGAGGCGCUCGAACUGGGCCGAAGGAGUAUCCUUGCUGCUACUCACCGAGAUGCAUACUCUGGAGGUUUCAUCAACUUGUACCACGUCAAGGAAGACGGAUGGGUCAAGCAUGGAUUCAAUGACACGAACCCCAUCUUCUGGGAGACUAAGCUCAAGAAGGGCGAGUUCUCCAACGUUACGAGCGCGUUGGACUAGGAGCAUCUUGGCCGCAGUAACUAUCUUGUCUCUAGGCCAUGGCAGUCACGGCAGAAAUCCAACUUCCGCCAUCGAUCAGUUGCCACGUAUCCACUAUACCAGUCAUGAAAUAGACACGUCCAAUGAAAUGAACAACUUGAACAUGUAUACAAGCGAGUCACUUUG